AUGGAUCGUAGCAACUUCGUAACCGCCUCGGAACUCGUCCAGAUCGCCUUCGAGUUCUUGAACGACCUCGCUGAGAAGGCCAAAGCGUCAAUUGACCUUGGCGCUGGUGCAGAUCGAUCUAAUCGAUCUAACAAAUUCUUUUCUUUCGGAAACGCUCUCAGGUUAGCAAUCAAAACCCUUGGAUCGUCCCGCAAAGACCCGAAUACGCCGAAGCUCCUUCGCCACCACUCAGUCAACGAGAUAGAAUACGGCGCUGGACUCGAAUACGGCCCUUAUUCGGAUGACUCGGACGAUGGGCCUUACUCCGACGCUCUUGAGGAUCACCAGGAGCUCCUUCUUGCUGACCCCGACGCUCUCGACAAUAAGGGAAACGUCGAGGCUUAA